AUUAUUAUAAAUAGUUAGCCUCGGGCAAGCUGUUUCCUUCUUAUUUACGCGGCCAGCUAACUGCUUUGUGAAGUUUCAAUUUGGUUAUUAUUCCUGAAUUUUAAUUUUCCAUGACGUGGCUCCCUUAAAUAAAUCAUCUGGUCACGCUUUGUGAACACAUGACAAACCUUUUCAAACGGCGAACUAUAUACGUCGCCAACCUUAUCAUGAAAGGUGCUUUCAUAGGUUAAUCCAUCCCCACCUGACCGAAAGCACUAGUCGAGUAGCUUCAAUUUUCUCCUUAAUCUACACAAAGUUGGUUUCUGUGCAGGUUAUGAGAAUAAGUAUUUUGAUCUCGAAGUCUAGGGUCUGAAGCAGGGAGUUGUACUAUAUCAUUCAAAUGAAAGAUAUUGAGCAGUACUUUCAUGUGGUACUGUUUAUUAUGCGGUACAAGAUGGUUCUAACUUUUAAGUCUGUGGAUGAAACCCUAGUGUGUGACCAUUCAAAUGAAAGCUAUCUUGCAGUACCUUCAUGUACUCUUUAUUACGCUGUACAAGGUGGUUGUCACUUUGUAGUCCGGCAUAUUUCAUUGCAUAUGAAAGCUGCCGAAUAGUACUUCCUUAACACAAGUGUAUGUCAAAGUGAAACGUCAGCGGAGAUUUCAUUUCGUCUACGGGCUCAAACUGAAUUAAUUGCAUUUCAACGACAGUUCUGCCAACAGUUUUUCGAUCAAGAGAUUUUACUGAAGAAUAACCUAUCGAACCUUAUCUCCAACAGAGACUGGAUGUAGCUCAUUUGAAAAGUUCACUUGUUUGGCAAACAAAGAUAAGUUCUACUAAAAAUAGGCCAGCUCAGUUGGUUAUGACAACAGUGAUCGAGCGGUCGACAAACAAUGGGAACAAGUCCAUAUUACCUUAUUAUAAUCUAAUUUUGAUGUUUUAACCUUAUGGCUAAAAAUAAGUUUCGUCAGAGUUCUUGAAAUAGUUUUGUAGGAUUGUCUUAAUCACUUUAAUAUUUCAUUGAUCUAAUGGAUAUUUUGGCUCGGACAAUAAGGUUUAUUUUUUAGGAGAGAAAAUACAUUUUAGUUUAUUAAUUUGACCCACGAUUGAAAUCAAUUCAAUAAUGACCCAGUUAUCAUUACGGAGAGGCGGCAAAACAACAAUAUCUCCAGUGACCCUGCGAACGAAAAUAUUGCCCAGCAUUUAUUAACCUCCGAGGUGAUAAUUGCCAAUAAGUCAUAGUAAGAUACGUGCUGUUGUUCGCUUGAAACUUGCAAUGUAUUUUCAAUUUCAUAUCACCUACAGGUCCAUCCAGCGUUUCAAAACAGCUUUAAUCUCUCUCUCGUCUGUUUUCAGAAGAACUCUAACGGUUUAGAAAAGACAAGACGGCUGAACAGUAUAUGCAAGCCUAUCUGACCAUAGUUAUCUAUGUCGUUAAAAUUCUUAAUUUCACGUCUGGUUCAACCCACCUUUAAGCUGUUCACCAAAUGUUCGCUUGAACAGCCCUCUUUAAUAAGCUUUGCCGGGCGAUAAGCCACUUCUUUCCCUUUGUUCCCCGUUGUUUAUCCAAUGGUGGAAUCGUAUAUUUGCAUGACAAGACCAGAAAUUUUACCGUACCACAUGUGUCGCUCAGGGACCAUUGAAGGGGAGUGGUUCUGCUAAACUGAAUGUCGCUGUUAUUUACUGCUUCGUGAAAACAAGUUCUUGAAGGAAUGAUCUACUCGAGUCAUGUAGGUACUCUCAUUGUAGAUCAGUUUUUCCUCCAUUGCUUUUGAUUGUGUUAGAAUUGCCAUCUUGUACUACAGCAGUGAAAGAAGCAAACCAAACAUCCAUCUGACCAAGUUAAGCGUAAGUUAGGAAAUGAAUGGCAUACACUGUUUGCUAAGUGAAGUAUCUCUUAAAAAAUCGUAUCAUCAAAGACUAUAGAUUUUUUUGUCGACCUGGAUUUUACAAACAUGAAACACUGAUUUGCUUUAAUAAUUUGUGAUCCUUUUUUCAUUUGAAAACCUUUUGCAAUAUCUUCUCGUCGCAUUGCGAAACUGCCAGAAUGUACAGAAAUAGAGUGUUGUGUUCGAUAUACUCUGCCCAUACACAGUUGUCUGGCAUACCUAGUUUUCGUCUUUCAACAUUUGAACCUAUAACUUGUAAUAUCUUAUCAUUUUCUGCUUUGCUUUGAGUUGUUUUCUACUGCCAUAAUAACACCCUAUCAUCUGCAGCUGUAGCAUUAUAUACUUGUUUACCGGUCUAUAAAAGUCGUAUCGAAUCUGGUCGUGAUAUCAGACCUGGGAUAAAUCUAUUCAUUAAGGAAGUGACGCUGGAAUUAGCCUGCUUAACUUGUGUGAAUAUCCGAAAAAAAAGGAUCAAAGCCUAGGUCUUAAAUUGUCGUCACGUUAAGCUCAAAUCUCGAGCUCAAAACAUGAAUUCUCUGAGCUGUUUGUCAUGUAUUUCUUCUAUGUUAUUUCUGAAUAUUUGGUACUACAUCAAGACUACCCUCUCGGCAUGUUAACCCUUCAGUCACUGUAUGUUGCCACGCACAGGCUAUGUGUAGGGAGUUUUCCUCGAAAAGAGUAAUUCACAGCACCAAAUUGCAAAAAAAAAUCUUUGUUAAUUGGGUAAAUCUAAGCCUCUUUCAUUCGAUUAUCUUCAUGCGCCUUUAUCUGACCUUACUAAUGAGCCUUACUGUACGGCCUUCGCUGCUACAGCGAUAAGAAUCUUCUCCGGCUAUACAAAGAGGCAUAUUACAUCAAACGUCGGACACCUUCCCUCAACAAAGGACUCAAAUUCAGCAGAGAACUUUGCCUUUUCUCAUUAGUAGUUUUUUUCUUCUAUUCAUUGUUACUAAAACCGUAUUUAACUGAUGAUAGUAUAGUUCUUACCGAAAUAUGACUGUCAGUUUUGCCAGUUGUUGUCUGAAUUUCGACACAAUUAUGAACAUUGCGUCUUGGAUUAUCAUUCAUUCUCUGGUUUUAACGCUCAGUUGAAAUAAGAAAGAAGUAUAUUUCUAUGUUCGUUACUAAAAACUAUUCAAUACUCGUCUUUUUGUAGGGUAACAACUUUAGAGACGAGCAAUUUUUGCGUGCACUGUUAAAAGUACAACAAGUUGUGAGAAAAUUGAAGAUUUGUGUCAACAGCCCUUCAGUGUAGGCAGAUUCAUUAUAUUUUCUAUAUGCACUCUCAAAGUGAAACACUUUUUUCUUCAACCCCAACUAGCGGAAUACAGCAAAUAACCUGAGAGACAAAUAUCCUGUGUAGGAAACCGGUUUAACGGGUUAUCAGAAGUCCAAAUACUUCUGAUAUCGCAUAACACCGUACAAGAGUUAAAAGUCUCGAUUUUUUUUUACUCGGUCUUUAAGCUUGCCAAUUAAAGUGUAUAGAAAUAUACGAACGAUAUUACACUGAAAUGUUCAUUAUGAUAUCUAAUAUGUCGACGCCCCUUUUCGGAUAUUUCGGCCGAGUUCUGACCAGUUCUUCGCCACUGUACAUGGAUCAAGCCAGUUAUCGUGAAGAUCGAAAUAACAGUUUUAAUGGCAAACAAAGUAUAUUUGUGUCCAACGCUGUAUUUGGUUCCUUUUUGUCUGAGUGAGUUUUACCUGGUUUACUCUAUCUGUAGGAAAGCAGCUUAUUAAAACUUAAUCUUAAAGGACAAAGGGCGUGAACUCAAGGAACCAGGGUACAUUCUCGAUCGUGUUGUUAUCUUUUAGUCAGACUGAACGAAAAAUCCAAUAACAACAUAUUUAUUUAGACGUUCAUUUCACAUAUUCAAGCAAAACCCAAACUGACAAGUAAAUUAAUGAAGGAAUGCUGUCGGAACAUUUUUUUUAUAAUCCCUUUUGUGGUAGAUAAAAUCAAUGGAAAUCGUCUUUGCGUCAGUUAUGGUUUCACAAUCUUAUUUCUGUUUUGUGUAAAAUGGUGUUUGUCCAUUUUCUUCGUUAUCGGUUGACAGAUAUCGUAACUAAUUGCUCGUGAAAGUCUCACUUUCUGUUCUUGCGUGCUGUAUUGAUAUUAUCUGCCUUCCUUCAAAAGUGACAAAGUCUUUAUGUCGUUUGCCCACUUCAAGAAGAACAACGAAUACGACAUUGCACGUCGAAGACCUUUCGUUCGGAAUAUAACGAACUGAAGCCAUUGGAUGGUUCUUCUCUGCUGGGUUAACUUGUUUGACAGGGAAAAUUGAGGUAUUAGUUUAACGACAGAUUUGCUUUCUUAAAUACUGGACUUUAGAACGUUGGCUGCAUGGAAACAUGGCAUAUGCCUGACAAGUAGACAUUAAAUACGGAUUGAACGGCAUCUCCAAAGCGUGCUCAAGGUGAAGGGAGCCAGUGAACAGGUGUAAAAAUGGCCAACAACUCAAACGCGUCUUAUUUCAAUGGGUCGUCAACGAUUCAGCCAUCUCAGCCGUUUCUAGAAGGGGAAACAUGGGUGGAUAAAUUCUACAUUUUUCUCGCUGUGACAGAGAUCAUUAUUGUAAUUCUAGCACUUGUAUUCAACAGUAUUGUGGUGUACGCUUUCAUAGCGUACAAGAAACUACGUACAAGCGCGACAAACUACUUCGUGAUAUCACUGGCGAUAUCAGACCUGUUAACGUCAGGUCUAGUAACAACAUUGAAGGCGGAUGCCGCCCUGAAAAAUCAAAAGUGGACGCACGGCGAAUUCAUGUGCAAUGUUUAUACCACAAUGUAUUUACUGGCCGUGCCGAGCACUGUUAUUAAUCUGUGCGCGUUCACUGUAGAUCGAUUUUUGGUGUUGAGGAUGCCUCUGCGAUACAACUCUUUCAUGCCACCAAAAAGAGCUGCGUUCAUAAUUAGUUGCCUGUGGAUAUAUGCUCUUACCUGGGCUUGCCUUCCCGUCAUGGGGUGGACGGCGCAUCCUGACAAUCCUGUUGUUCAAAACGGCUUUUGUUACUUCGGGACUGACCGAGCGUACAAUAUUACGGUGAACAUUGUGAAUUUCUUGUUGCCGAUGAUCUUUAUGGCGAUUUUCUGGUCAUUCAUCUACUCCAUCGUUCACCAACACCGCAAAAGGGUUCUGAAGAUAGAGAGAAGCCUGUCUCUUAAUACCAAUGACUCAUCCAAUUCCAGCAACAACAUAAACGCCAACGGAGAAGGCCAUCCAAUGACACACCUGGCGCCAAAAAAUGAGAAGAGGGAAAGAAAACGAAUACGGCGCAACGUCCGCGGAUGCCGGUACCUCGGUUUCAUUGUGGUGCUGUUUUAUUUCUGCUGGUUACCUUACGUAACAGCUAGUAUGAUUGGGAACUUGUGUACGUGGUGCAACGCGCAAGGACUUAUACCAUAUGUAUUGUACGAUGCACUUCUAGCGCUGGGUUUUAUGAAUUCUGCGCUCAACCCAUUCCUGUAUCCAUUCCACGACAAACAUUUCAAAGAAGCGUUCAGGGACAUGUGGAAGAAAAUUAGAAGCAAGAUUUUCGUUAAGCUGUUGUCGCCCAAAGAUGAAAUUUCAAGAAUUUAAGGAAAUUUUAAUACGGACGACUUCUACCAACUCUGUCUUCAGUUCUUUGUGGAGCUGUCAUGAAAUAAGGAAGGAAGACUUUGGAAGGCGAAUAUCCUAGAGAAUGCCUCAACACGGUUAGAUAUAGAUUAUUGUUCACUUUGCUGUCUUUACGGCUAUGAUUAACUGGGGAACUAUCGGUAUCUUUGGUCACUUGUUCUGUAUCCAUAUAUGCAAUUCAAACCUAGUAGUCAACGAGCAAAAUAUGCAAUUUAUCUAGUAAUGUAAAGUUGGUUGGCUAAUGUCGGCGGUUUGGUUUUUAUUAUAUGACUGAGAAAAUUACUUGACCGUGGUUUCGCUGAGAACAGGUAAAUUUAUCGUUAAUCAAGUAUAUUUUAAUGUAGGCGUGUUCUUAAUUUUCUCAGUCAUAUAGUAAAAGAGAAGUCAUAUGCAAGCUCGGGCGAUUUAAAAUUCCUCUACUUGUGAUAUUUGACAAUUGUUGCACAUUUCGCUGGACUAAAUGUUGAGAAUUUUCAAUUGUUACUCGUAGCGCAAAUGGGAUCCUUAAUGGGCUAUCUCCGAGUUGUUUUUAGCUUUGUGUCAAAUGGAACUCAUUUUCAUAUGAAAUGUUUUGCACGAGGACUAGUUUUGAAACGGAGGCACAAGGUAACUCUGAAAGAACCUGUUGCCCUUGCAUUCCGGCGAUUAUUUCUACUAAUCAAUGGAUUAGUACUUAUUAUAAAAUAAUUCUUCACUACCAAGCUCAUCAGGGUAUAAUGUAAAUCCAGCAGUAUCCAUUAAAUAUAUAACAGCUGCUCAUUGCGCGCACGUACCAGAGUGGUAGAAUCUCGCGCGCCAUCUCGCGUGUCAAAACAUGAGAGGAUGAAGAGUAAGAGAGUCAAUCCGUCUCAAGUUAUUUUUAGUUAUGGUGCCCAGUUCUCGAGCGGAAAAUGUCACCACGCGUGUUGCGUGGAUGUUUUCGUGGGAGGAUGAAAGUGCGUGUAAUCCAGCUUGGGCUGUCCACGUGAACAAAAUUCGCUUCACAUGAUUGCUUAUUUCUAGAAAGAGGGAUCACUUUUAGGAAUAAGAUCUAUUUGAGCGACUCGUAGAGAUGGCGCAGUGAUGAGAGCGCUCGCCUCCCACCCAAGUGGCCCGGGUUCGCUUCCAGUCCGGUGUCAUAUGUGGGCUGAGUUUGUCGUUGGUUCUCGGCUUUCUCGGAGAGUUUUUCUCCGGGUUCUCCGGUUUUCCUCCCUCCACAAAAACCAAUAUUUUCAAAUUCCAAUUCGACCAGGAUAGA